UGGUUGUGUUAGACUGAACGGAGGGCUGAAGUCUGUCUUUGUUCCUUGUUUGGGAAGCAAGUGGGAGGGGAGCAGACCAAGGGGCUAUAUAAUCCUUCAGCGUUCAGCUUCCCCGAACACCAGCCAGAGGAGAGAAGCCCAGCCGAGCACUUUCAGGGACCCCGUGUCGUAGCUCCAGCCAAGAUGUGUGAAGAAGAGGACAGCACCGCCCUGGUGUGUGACAACGGCUCUGGGCUCUGUAAGGCUGGCUUUGCUGGGGACGAUGCUCCCAGGGCUGUUUUCCCGUCCAUUGUGGGACGUCCCAGACAUCAGGGGGUGAUGGUGGGAAUGGGACAAAAAGACAGCUACGUGGGUGAUGAAGCACAAAGCAAAAGAGGCAUCCUGACCCUGAAGUACCCGAUAGAACACGGCAUCAUCACCAACUGGGACGACAUGGAAAAGAUCUGGCACCACUCUUUCUACAAUGAGCUUCGUGUUGCCCCUGAAGAGCAUCCAACCCUGCUCACCGAGGCACCCCUGAACCCCAAAGCCAACCGGGAGAAAAUGACCCAGAUUAUGUUUGAGACUUUCAAUGUCCCAGCCAUGUAUGUGGCUAUUCAGGCAGUGCUGUCCCUCUACGCCUCUGGACGUACAACUGGCAUUGUGCUGGACUCUGGAGAUGGUGUUACCCACAAUGUACCCAUCUAUGAGGGCUAUGCCUUGCCCCACGCCAUCAUGCGUCUGGACCUGGCUGGCCGAGAUCUCACCGACUACCUCAUGAAGAUCCUGACUGAGCGAGGCUAUUCCUUCGUGACCACAGCUGAGCGUGAGAUUGUCCGGGACAUCAAGGAGAAACUGUGCUAUGUAGCCCUGGACUUUGAAAACGAGAUGGCCACUGCUGCGUCCUCCUCCUCCCUCGAGAAGAGCUACGAGCUGCCUGACGGGCAGGUGAUCACCAUUGGGAAUGAGCGGUUCCGCUGCCCAGAGACCCUGUUCCAGCCCUCGUUCAUCGGGAUGGAGUCUGCUGGCAUCCAUGAAACCACCUACAACAGCAUCAUGAAAUGCGAUAUUGACAUCAGGAAGGACCUCUAUGCUAACAACGUCCUCUCCGGGGGCACCACCAUGUACCCCGGCAUUGCCGACCGCAUGCAGAAGGAGAUCACGGCCCUGGCGCCCAGCACCAUGAAGAUCAAGAUCAUUGCCCCUCCCGAGCGCAAAUACUCCGUCUGGAUUGGCGGCUCCAUCCUGGCCUCUCUGUCCACCUUCCAGCAGAUGUGGAUCAGCAAACAGGAGUACGACGAGGCCGGGCCAUCCAUCGUCCACCGCAAAUGCUUCUAGAACACUUCCCUGCUCUCUGUCUCUAGCACACACUGUGAAUGUUUUGUGGAAUAAUGCCUUCAAUUCUUUUCCAAAUCAUUCCUAGCCAAAGCUCUGACUUGUUACCUAUGUGUUUUUUAAUAAAUCUGAAAUAUGUUACCUGUAA